GUCAAGUACCGUCUUCCUCGAGCAAAGACACGAAGCGCCCCUCCCUCCGCGCGCCCCGCCGAUUGACAGGCGAGCACACCCACCCAGUCACCCACUCCGCGUUAACGCAGCGGAGCUCCUGGCCAUCGCCGAACCGAGAAGAUGGCAGAGCGGCAACAGCAGAAGCACGAAGGCAGGGUGAAGAUCGGCCAUUACAUCCUUGGUGACACGCUCGGAGUGGGGACCUUCGGCAAAGUAAAGAUCGGGGAGCACCAGUUGACGGGCCAUAAAGUGGCAGUGAAGAUCCUGAACAGGCAACGAAUCCGCAGCCUGGAUGUGGUGGGCAAAAUCAAACGGGAGAUCCAGAAUCUGAAACUAUUCCGCCACCCUCACAUCAUCAAGCUGUAUCAAGUGAUAAGCACGCCGACCGAUUUCUUCAUGGUCAUGGAAUACGUGUCUGGCGGAGAGCUUUUUGACUAUAUCUGCAAACACGGACGGGUGGGGGACGUGGAGGCUCGGCGCCUUUUCCAACAGAUUAUCUCGGCUGUGGAUUACUGCCACAGACACAUGGUGGUCCACCGGGACCUCAAGCCUGAGAAUGUUCUGUUGGAUGCCAGCAAGAAUGCUAAAAUCGCUGACUUUGGUCUGUCCAACAUGAUGUCCGACGGCGAGUUCUUAAGGACGAGCUGUGGUUCGCCCAACUAUGCCGCCCCGGAGGUCAUCUCGGGAAGGCUCUACGCGGGCCCGGAGGUGGACAUCUGGAGCAGCGGCGUGAUCCUGUACGCCCUGCUGUGCGGCACGCUGCCCUUCGAUGACGAGCACGUGCCCACGCUGUUCAAGAAGAUCCGAGGGGGCGUCUUCUACAUCCCCGAGUACCUGACGCGCUCGGUGGCGUCGCUGCUGAUGCACAUGCUGCAGGUGGACCCGCUGAAGAGAGCCACCAUCAAGGAUAUCAGGGAGCACGAGUGGUUCAAACAAGAUCUGCCGGGUUACCUGUUUCCUGAGGAUCCGUCGUAUGACACCACCGUCUUGGACGAGGAGGCCGUCAAAGAAGUGUGCGACAAGUUCGAGUGCAACGAGUCCGAGGUGGUCUCCAGCCUCUACAGCGGUGACCCUCAGGACCAACUGGCGGUGGCCUAUCACCUCAUCAUAGACAACCGUCGCAUCAUGACGCAAGCCAGCGAGUUCUACCUGGCCUCCAGCCCGCCCCAAGGCUCCUUCAUCGAGGAGGGCAUGCCGCUGCCGCCGGGCGUCAAGCCGCACCCGGAGCGGAUGCCGCCGCUGCUGGCCGACAGCCCCAAAGCGCGCUGCCCCCUAGACGCCCUCAACACCACCCGACCCAAGCCGCUGGCCGUCAAGAAGGCCAAGUGGCACCUGGGCAUCCGGAGCCAGAGCCGGCCCUACGACAUCAUGGCCGAGGUUUACCGGGCCAUGAAGCACUUGGGCUUUGACUGGAAGGUGGUGAACCCGUAUCAUCUGCGAGUGCGCAGGACAAACUCGGUGACGGGCAACCUGGUGAAAAUGAGCCUGCAGCUCUACCAAGUGGACAACAGAUCCUACCUCCUCGACUUCAAGAGCAUCGACGAUGACAUCAUCGAGGCCGCGGGCUUCAAGUCGGGAUCGUCCACCCCUCAGCGGUCGGGCUCGACGGCAGGGCUGCACCGGCCGCGCCUCAGCAUCGAUUCGGCGAGCCACGCCGCCGAAUUGCCACAGCUCAGCUCGUCCCUGCCGGGCUCGCUGUGCGGCAGCUCGCCCACGCUCGCCCCGCGCCAGGGCUCGCAUACCAUGGACUUCUUUGAGAUGUGCGCCAGUCUGAUCACCACGCUGGCCCGCUGAGAGGAGCGGAAGACAAUCAGUCUCGAUGUCAAAAGCCAGCCGAGAUCAAGACAGGACCUGAAAGGGGAGUCACUUGACAAGAUGACAAAGGUCACGAAGAAGGAGACGACCUACCAUCUCUUUUCAACUGCUGGAACAACGCUUCAUCCUGUCGCUGAUCAGAGGUCAGUGUGGAGUCCGGAGUGGAUUCCUUUCUGUAUUCAAUAUGGAAAAGGCUGUUAUCCGUGUAUAUUGGAGUCAUAUCGCAGUCACAAUAUGUAGCUGAACAGACAAAAUAUUAUUCAGAUUGCUAUUUAUUUUUUUGGAGAGAGAGAUUAUUUUUAGGGCAUUGAUCGGAUUAUUUAAAGGACUUUUAUUCUCAUUGACCUGCCAUACAAAUUUCCUCCAGCUGCCUUAAAGAAACACAAACGACUACUUAGGUAUGUGCGUCCGCGCGUAUCACUGAUGUUAUUUUUACGAAUGUAUAUUUUGGAGGACAGUUGGCUCAAGUUGAAUCGUCCUCUUUUUUUUCAAGAAUGUACUGUUGUCUUUCUGCUGUGGUCAGUUAACCCGUAUGUGUGACUUGUUUCUCAUCGACACUGUUUAUGGGCCAGUGUGACCCGCAAAAUGUUUGGGGAAAAGAAAAGGAACAAAACAAGGCUAACAGAGCAUGUUUAAUCCGGCUUUGACCCACAACACUGUUACAGACUGUUCAGUCAACAUUUAUUAUUUAAAAGUUGAUAAAUAUCUAUUAUCAUUAUUAUUUACAAUUUUAUAUGGGUCAUUUUGACCUGGUGGUGUUAAUUAUCAAAACAAAUACAUAGUAAAAUAAAAACACCAUGUAAAAUGGUUACUACCUAGCCGAUCAAUAUUUAAUAUUUCGUUGAAAUUUUAUUGUAUUUUUAAAUUUGAUUAUUCCUGCUAUUAAUUUAUUCGGUUAAACCGAUACGACGACGAAUGAACCAAAAUCAGUGUGUACAUGUAAAAGCAUUUAAAGCGUGACUUGUGUGUAGCGCCAGUUGGCAGCAGGUGGCGCCAUAACACCAUUUUAGCCAAUCUUGAAUCAAAUUCAAUUGGUAAGGGCAAUGAACAGUAAGUAAUACAAUUCAAAAUGCCCUUUGUGUUUUCUAUUUUAUUAUUAUAUGUUGUAUAAUUACUUUGUGUCAUAGAAACAUUAAGGAGACAUGAAAUGGUCAGUCAAAAAUAAUGUACUGUAUAAAUACUCCACUUAGUCCUUAUAAUGCACUUAUAGAAUUUUUGUUUGAAGCAUUUUUUUUUUUAUUCAAAGGGGCAUUGCUCCACAGUGACUAAUUCUAAAAAAAGAAAAAAAAGAAAUCAUUAUCCACCCCAUAAUUGCAAUUUCGUCUGUUGAUUGGUAUUUUGUUUCAGGAGUGACCCCCAUCCCCCUUCAGAUAAUUUAUCACGCAGCUCAUAAUUAAUUAAAACACAUGAAGCCAUCUAUUGAUAUUUUUUGUGGCGUUCGGGGAAAGCCGGCACGCCUGCACCGGAAGGCACUUGCUACUGUAUUUGCAAUUUGUCGACAACGAUAAAUAAGCAACAUCGGCAUUUUCCCUUUGAGGCUGCGUACGUGACAUCUGUAUGCAAAAAUGGGUGGCAUGCUAGCCAUGUUCAAAAGGUAUGAAAUUAGCAUGUGUGUAAAACUGAAGGACACACACGCCCGAGGGCCUGAAAUCAAACAUUGUACCAAAAGUGACUGUUGCUGUCCUUGUUUUGUUACCACACUGUGUGUGUGCGUGUGUGUGUGUGUGUACACUGUUCCUACCUGAUUGUGAAAGCUUUGGAUUGAUCUCGUUAUGCACUGCAUGGAAUUGCUGUUAUGAUAUUUUUGCACUUUAAUGAGUAUAUAUUGGAAAAAAAAAAUGAUGACAAUAAACGAACAAAUGUUA